AUGCUGGCUCUCUCCCUGCCAUCCUGUGCCCCUGCGGCAAGAGGCAGGGCGGCAGUCAGGCUGUCGAGGGGCCGGGCUCGCGUGGCCAGGGUUGCCGCUCAGGCCAACCAACAUGAGGACUCCCCGCUGCGCUGGAGCGCUCUGCUGGGCGCCCUCUCGGCCGCAAGCAUGGCCCUGCCGGCUUCCGAAGCCUUGGCCCAGCCGCUGCCCGCGGCGCCCGCCGCGCGCCGGCCAAACGAGCUGGCGCAGCCGGCCUCUGCGCGGCACCGUGCCGUGGUGCUUGCAGAGGUCGCCGACGCAGCGGCCGCCGACCUGUCUGCGCUCUGCGAUCAGCUAUGUGCGCCCAAGGCACUGGGCGAGUACCCCACAUCUGUCAAGGUGCUGCUGCGCGAGCUGCGGGACAAGACUGACGAGCUGCGGCGCAUGCGCUUCGAGCUGGCUGCCACCCAGAAGCUGCUGUAUGCCAGCCAGGAGACAGUGGAGAACGUGCAGGCGGCCAAGUGGAAGGAGCUGGGCAUGGUGGCCACCAGCUGCAUGGGCCUGGCCGCCAGCCUGCACACCUACCUGGGUGCCUCGGUCGGCCAGAUUGAGGCGGAGAAGAAGCGUGCGCUGGUGAAUGUGGAAGUGCAGGUUCAGCAGCGGCUGCAGGGGGCGCUGGCUGAGGAAGUGGAGGAGCGCGUGGCGGUGCGGCUGGCCGAUGCUGUGGAGCAAGAGAUCCCAACCACGGUGGCCACGCUGCGUGAGGAGCAGGUGGCGCGAGUGGAGAUGCAGGAAGCCUUGGAGGCGGAACGUGUGGCAGCCCGCGAGGCGCUCAAGCAGGAGCGUGCUGAGAAGGUGGUGGCGCUGGCGCGCGCGCAGGAGCUCAAGCGCAUGCAGGGCAUCACCCAGUACAGGCUGUGGGAGACCAAGCGCACGCUGGAGGCGGAGCAGGAGGCCCACCGGCAGGCGGAGAUGGAGCGCCGCCUGGCUCGUGUCAUCAUCGAGGCGCGGCAGGCGGCAGAGACGGAGCGCGCGAUCGAGAGGGUGCGGGCCGAGGCGGCACUCGCCGCGGAACGGGAGCUGUCGCUGCAGCGCAUCGUUAUGGACGCCCAGGAGCGGCGCGCGCAGGAGCUGCGCAAGGAGGCAGAUGACUACCGGCAGGAGGCGGCUCGGCUGCAGCAGGCGCUGGAUGAGAUGUCUGGCAGCGCACAGGACCAGAUUGAUGUUCUGCAGACGCGCGCCGAUCAGGCGUCGGCGCUGCGCUCCGCUGCCGAUGCCGAUUAUAAGGACAUCUCUGCACAGCUGCAGACAGAGCGGUUCCGUGUGGAGACUCUCAUGAAACAGGUGGAGCAGGCGGCCGCGGAGCGCCCCGCACAGGGCGCCGAUGCCGGUUCGCUCUACCAGCAGCUGGCUGAUGAGCUUGAAGCGGAGCAUGAGAAGGUGUCUGUGUUGGAGGCGCAGCUUGAGACGGCGGCGGUGCAGCGCGAGGAGCUGAACAGCGCCUACCUGGAUGCCAUUGAAGAGCUGCACCAGGAGCGCACCCGUGUGGCCGCCCUACAGCGCGACCUGCAGCAGACCAAGUCUGACCUGCUGCGCAGCGAGCAGGAGGUGGGCUGGCUGAGGGCGGCCUCCAUGAGCGCCUCCUCUGAGACCCACUCCGGCCUGUCCUUCUCGGAUGCUGAGGUGGCGCUGCUCCAGACCGGCCUGCAUGCCCUGGCCAAGCAGACCUCUCUGCCAGAGGGCGAGGCCAACGGCCUGAUGGCGCUGCCGGGCCAUAUGGCGUCGCUGGCUGAGGAGGUGGCCUCGCUGGCUGAGGAGAUGGCGCAGGCACAGGCAGAGGCACAGGCAGAGGAGCAAGCUGCUGCCAUGGAGGAGGUGGUGGCAGAGCAGGAGCCAGAGGCAGCUGAGGAGGAGGAUGCCCUGCCAGUCCAUGUGGCUGAGCUGGUGCUGGAUGGACACGUCAUCCUGGCCACGCCGGAGGCCGCUGCGCCGGAGGAGAAGCCAGAGGCUGCUGUUAUGAACACGCCUGAGGCUGCUGCUCUGGAGGAGCCAGAGGCCGCUGUUCUUGAGGAGCCAGAGGCCGCAGCUGUGGAGGAGCCUGAGGCCGCAGCCGUGGAGACGCGUGAGGUCGCUGCUCUGGAGGAGCCAGAGGCUACUGCGGUGGAGGAGCCCGAGCAGCAGCUGCAACUGAACCACAUUGUCAGCAUUGAGCAUGCUGUCAGCGCCGGCCAGCGCGAUGCCAUCGAGCAGCUGACUGGAAACAGCGAGCAGGCAGGUGACGCUCUGGCAGCCAACCCAGUCGGGAGCUUGCUGCAGUGCCUGGUGGAGCGUGGCGGCUAUGUGUACCUGGACGUGCGGCCUGCGCUGGAGCUGGCUGAGGUGGGCUGCGUCCCCGGCUCCUUCAACAUCCCUGUGGUGGAUGCUGAGUGGGUGGAUGGCGACGGCGAGCGGCGGGUGGUCAAGACCCGGAACGAGGCCUUCCUGGACCAGGUCAUGCGGCACUUCUCCCUGAAGGACACACCCCUCAUGGUGGGCUGCUCCGAUGGCUGCACCUACUCCAUCGACGCGCUGGAGGCGCUGGAGGACGCAGGCUACACCUGCCUCGUGGGCCUCAAGGGUGGCUUCCACGCCUGGCACCGCGUGUUUGACGAGGCCGGCAACAGGCGCUGCAACGCGCCUGGCGGCGCGGUGGCCGCCGACGCCACGGCCUCGACCACCUGA